GGAAGCUCCGAAGGCGAGCGGACCAUGCCCCCCACCCCGGAUGAGCUGGAGCGUGAUGCCCGCUUCGUCACCACCGCCCCCACCUUGAAGCUGCUCAACCACCACCCGCUCCUAGAGGACUUCCUCCACGAAGCCUUGCUCAAGAAAGACUACCUGCACCAGGUCCCUUUCCUGGCCGCCGGAUUGCUCGGCGGUGGGCCCGUCCGCCCUGAUGCUGACCUUGCCUCGGCCCCCACGGACAACCUGGCCAACCCAGGAGGCCGACCCUCCCUCCCCGCCGCCACCGCAGCGCCCACCACCCCACCCAUGACGACAGCAGGGCCCACCCUCCCGGCAGGCAGGAGAGCAGAAGGCGUGGAUUCCGAGAGGAGCCUAGAAAUGGCCAAGCCGGCCGUCACCACUGACCUGCUGACCACCGCUAUGGGGCGCUUGGUACCCUGGGCGGAGCCAGGACAGGCGGCCCCUGGGAUCAGCCCGCUCCCUGCUCACACGGAGCUGCCUGAAGUCACCCCAGCUCUGGCUGUCAAGGCCGGACUCCCAAACUCCGCCCCGGCUACCGGCGUCACGUUAUCCAGUGACACCCCCACAGUGCAGCCCAAGGCAACCAAGCCCAGCAUAGUAACCAGGGAGGAUGAGGAGCUGGAAGCCACCUCCGUUACCGCCGCCACCAUGGUCAGCGCUCUGCCAUCCGCAGGUCCUUGCAGCUGGAACCUCACUGGCCCCAAAGGCUCCCUGGCUUCUCCCCUGCCGUCUGGCAUCCCGUACGAGGGAGGGGCCCUCGAGUGCACCUACACCAUCUCCGUGUACCCCGGUUACGGCGUCGAGAUCCGGGUGCAGAACAUCAGCCUUGCAGAAGGUGAGACGGUCACCGUGGAGACGCUGGGGGGCAUGGAGCCCGUUGCCCUGGCCAACGAGUCAUUCCUGAUGCGCGGGCAGGUGAUCCGCAGCCCGACAAAUCAGGUGGUGGUGCGGUUCCAGAGCCCGGCGCCUGCCAACCCGGGAAACUUCCACUUCCGCUUCGAAGCCUACCUGCUGAGUUGCACCUUCCCGACACGGCCAGGUUAUGGAGACGUUUCCGUCACUAGCGUCCACCCCAGCGGCCAUGCCUGCUUCUCCUGUGCCGUCGGCUACCAAUUGGUGGGCCAACACUGCCUCACAUGUCUGAAUGCGACCCAUCCCUUUUGGAGCGCCCGGGAGCCAACCUGUGUCGCGGCCUGCGGUGGGGUGAUGCGGAACGCCACCACCGGCCGCAUCGUGUCUCCAGGAUUUCCCUCCAACUACAGCAACAACCUGACCUGCCACUGGCUACUGGAGGCUCCCUACGGGCAGCGGCUGCACCUCCAUUUUGAGAAGGUCUCGUUGGCCGAGGAUGAUGACAGGCUGAUCAUCCGGAACGGGAACAACAUUGAGGCGCCCCCGGUGUACGACUCGUACGAGGUCGAGUACCUGCCCAUCGAAGGGCUGGUCAGCACCGCCCGCGGCUUCUUCGUCGAGCUGACCACGGACAGCGGUGGGGUAGCUGCAGGCAUGGCCCUGCGCUACGAGGCCUUUGAACCUGGGCACUGCUACGAGCCCUUUGUCAAAUACGGGAACUUCACCACCAGCGACGGCACGUACAUCGUGGGCACCACCGUGGAGUUUGCCUGCGAGGCCGGCUACACCCUGGAGCAAGGCUCUGUCAUUAUCGAGUGUGUGGAACCCACCAACCCCCAGUGGAAUGAGACGGAGCCAGCAUGCCGAGCGGUGUGCAGCGGGGAGAUCACGGACGCAGCCGGCGUGGUGCUGUCACCCAACUGGCCUGAACCUUACGGGAAGGGCCAAGACUGCAUCUGGGGACUACAUGUGGAGGAGGACAAGCGCAUCAUGUUGGACGUCCGAGUGUUACGCCUUGGCAAAGGUGAUAUCCUGACUUUCUACGAUGGCGACGACUUGACGGCACGCAUCCUAGGUCAGUACUCAGGCCCUCACCGGCGCUUCAAGUUGUAUACCUCCAUGGCGGAUGUCACCAUCCAGUUCCAGUCGGAUCCUGGGAGCAGCAGCGUUGCCUACCAACAGGGUUUUAUCAUCCAUUUUGCAGAGGUGCCCCGCAACGACACAUGCCCCGAGCUUCCAGACAUCCUCAACGGCUGGAAAACCACUUCCCACCCGGAACUGAUCCACGGCACCGUGGUGACGUACCACUGCUACCCCGGCUACGAGCUCAUGGGCACCGAACUGCUGAUGUGCCACUGGGACUUGAUGUGGAGCGGGGACCUGCCCUCCUGCCAGCGAGUGACCACGUGCCGAGACCCAGGGGACGUGGACCACAGCCGGCGCGUCGUCUCUGCUAACAGGUUCCCAGUUGGCUCCACCGUCCAGUUCAUCUGCGACAAGGGAUAUGCCUUGGCUGGGAGUGGGGAAAUCGUCUGCCACGACCGGCAGGCCGGAGGCCCUAAAUGGAGCGACCGUCUUCCCAAAUGCAUCCCGGAGGUCUAUGAACCCUGCCACAACCCCGGCAGCCCUGAUCAUGGAGCUCAGAACCCCGAGAAGAGGCUGUACCAGGCCGGGGCAGCACUGCGCUUCUCUUGCGCCACGGGCUACGUGCUCCUGGGAGACGCCACCCUCCGCUGCGUUCCUGGACACCCGUCGCAGUGGAACGGCUCUCCUCCGCUCUGCAAAGCCACCACCUACGAUGAGUUUUACACCAAUCGCAACCUGGACGCUGUGGCCAAAGUGGCGCCGGCCGGAGACCCUUUGCAAGGGACGAACGUGGCGUUCGCGGUCUUCCUGCCAGUCGCUGCGGUGGGACUUCUCCUGGGCGCCGUCUACAUCUACAUCUCCAGGCAUCAAGGGAAGCCGUCGCUGCAGCUGCCCCUGUCUGGUUCGCACCCCUACGACCACAUCACAGUAGACUCGGCCUUUGACAACCCCACCUACGAGACCGGAGCGUUUUUCUCUCCAGGAGAUGUGGGAGUAUGAAGUCUCCAUUUAGGGCGGCCGCCGCCCUCAAGGUGGGAGCUGGAGGGGCAGGCCCCAAUCCCUGGCCCACCACUGCUGACCGACCACCAUCCCUCUUUGCCGACAACCAACCGGCUCCACCGAUGGCUGAUCCCCACCUCGCAGCGAGAAGGACCUGUAAAUACCCCAGCACCCUCCCCUCAAGACUGAUCUUCCGGGGGGAGAGGAAAGUGGGAAUCCUGUGACAGCC